GGAACAAAAACUUGAUUUAGUGCUAUUUUUGUAUUUUUCUCUUUGAUAAAUGUGAUUCGCUUUGAAGUGGAUGUAUUUGGACGCUAUUGAGGCUCUCAAAAUUAAUCAACCAGAACAUCCCAAAACUGUAGUUAACUUUAAAGGGAUUUAUGGUUUCUCCGUUAACACAUAACGCCGUUAAUCCCUUAUUCACCAUCAUUUCACCACCAUGUUGUCAUUUUUUACCAUUUUGUCGUUUACUCCGUCAAAUAGUCAAAAGGCUUUGUCAACACAAUGGAAAAAAUCAUUAAAUAGUAAAUAUAAUAUUCUUGUGUAUUUAUAACAAUUCGCCGAAGAGAGGAGAAGCCAGGAAAAGGGCACAUAAAAUGGUAGAGAUUCCGAGAAGAUUUAACAUACUCGCUGCGGCUUUUGAUGUCGAGGCGGCGCGUGCACGUCCGCCGUGCGAUAGCAGCAGCGGGAGCGAUCACUUUCCUUAUGAGACAGCCGAUCUUUGGGAUCUGGUCGAAUCUUUUAUGGACAGCGAAGUGAAAGCUUUACCAGAGGAUUUUCCUGUGGAAGAUAAAGAUGAUAAGUCUGACGUUGAUGAUGAUUAUGAAGAUGUGAAGGAGAGGUUGCGGGAGAUUUGUGAAAAUCUCGGUCGCGGCGGAGAGCGGAGGAGAAUAAUUGAGGAGGUAGUAAAUGCGAGUGAGUUCGUCGGAGAGAAACGCCUCUUGAUGGCUUAUUUACGUGACAAAGGUUUCGAUGCAGGUCUUUGCAAGUCCAAGUGGGAGAGAUUUGGUAAGAACACGGCGGGGAAGUACGAGUACGUUGACGUUAAUAGAGGAGAUAAGAACCGCUUCAUCGUCGAGACAAAUCUUGCCAGCGAAUUCGAGAUUGCUAAGCCUACAACAAGAUACCUUUAUCUCUUAGCUCAACUACCACGUGUCUUCAUGGGAACACCUGAAGAAUUGAAAAAGUUAGUAAGAAUCAUGUGCUUUGAGAUAAGACGGUCGAUGAAGCGAGCCGAGAUUCACGUGCCACCGUGGAGGAGGAACGCUUACAUGCAAGCCAAGUGGUUCGGUCACUAUAAACGAACCUCUAAUGAAGUGGUUACUAGGGUUAAGAGCUGUGGAUGUGGACCACGUGUUGGGUUUGAAGGGUUGGUUAAAACAGCUACGCUUAACGGUUAUAAGGAGGUGGAGAGGAAGAUGCAUGGCUUAAGAGUUGGCCAGCUCACUGUGGCUUUCAACGGCAGUGGAGUGAGGUUGUAAUAGUUAAAGAACAAAGCAUAGGGCAUUGCGAGUUAAUAAUUGUGAAUUUUGGAUAUUUUGUAAAUAUAGAUAAGUUUGGGGUGAGGGGUGUCAAAGAAGCAACCAUCUAUAAAGUUGUAGAUUGGCUUUCUCUAGCAGCGUAUAUAGGGUGGUUCUAUAUAAAAUUUGUUUAGUGCAAUAAUUUUAAGUUGGGCUUUUCCAGUUUUGGCCCGUUAUUUUAUUGCCCGGCUCUAUGUAUUAUUCGGAACUUCAAAACAUGCAAUUAUUGGAUUAUAAACAAAUGAUACAGCCAGGGGUGGGCGUUCGACACCCGUUCGGAUCGGAUAUUUUGUAUUUUUGGGUAUUUCGGUAUAGGGCUAGAGAAUCCGUUUGGAUAUUUCUAUAUUUCGGGUCUGGUUCGGGUAUUUUUUAGUUCGGGUUCGGUUAUUUUGAAUCGGGUUCGGAUAUUUAGAUUUUAAAAGAAAAAAAAUUAAAUUUUUCAUUUUUUAAGUUUAUUGUAUUUAAAAAUAUAGAUUUCACUUAACUGUUUUUUUUUUUUUUUUUAUAGAUUGAAUGAUUAAUAGGUUUGAAGAUAAUAUUUCAAAAACAAAUAGAUAUUAAUUUGGGUAUUGUUUUUAGUCUUUCAAUGUAAUUUUUGUUAAUACAUGAAACAAAAAGUUUGACAUGCAUUUUAAAUGAAUAUCAAAU